AUUGUUAUUCUCCGUAAAAACCUACACUACUUUGUUUAUUUAUUUUUAUACCUUGCUGAUUGCAGUAUUACAUAAUAUACUUUCCCUUUGUUCAUUAAUCUUAAGACUACAUUCGUAUCAGUACAGACAACAAGAUACAUACAUGAAGUGGAUAUAAAACCUAUUUAGUGUCGUGAUUUCUUUGAUUGAUAAUAUUUAAAGAAAAUGUUGUUAGUAAUUUUAUUAGUGCUAAUAUCAGUUAUUCAAGGUGACUGUGAACAAGAUUUUAAGUUACAACAAGUGUUGAUAUUAAGCAGGCAUAAUGUGCGAACUCCUUUGUCUAAAAACUUAGCAAACUUCACACCAAAAAGUUGGCCAUCUUGGAAAGAAAAAAAAAGUGGUUAUUUAACAGCUAAAGGCGCGCUUUUAGAAGGUUUCAUGGGUGAAUAUUUUAAACAAUGGCUACAAAAUGAAGGAUUACUAGAUGAUGCAUGCCCAAAUGAAAAUUCUUUUUUUGUUUAUGCAAACACUGCACAAAGAACUAUGGCGUCAGCUUACGCUUUUGUCGACAAAGCGUUCCCGAAUUGCGAUAUUAAAAUACACAAUUCGUCUGUCACAACAGAUCCCAUAUUUAAUCCUGUUAUACACAAUAGAUCAGCCAUUUUUAGGCAAGAAGCUAUAGAAGAAAUGCAGACAUUAUUAAAAUCGUUACAUUUAAACAAUUCUUAUAGAGAUCUUGAGGACAUACUUGAUUAUAAACAAUCAGAAUAUUGUUUAUUGGAGGGAAAAUGUGAUUUUAUCACAGAUAAAAAUAAAAUCUUUGUCAAUGUAGGUUUAAAACCAAAUUUGGAAGGGCCGUUAAAAAUAUCUAAAUCUGUAAUAGAUUCAUUUAUCAUGGAGAAUUAUGAAGGUUUUCCUUUAAAAGAGGUUGCAUGGGGACAACUUAUAAAUACAAAACAAUGGGACUUGGUUCUAGAGCUCAGCAAAGGUUACCACAGCACAAUAUUUAACACAACUUUAAUAGCUAGAGAUUUAGCAAGGCCUUUACUCAAAUAUAUGCGAGAUAUACUUGUAAAUAAGCACCACCGAACAACAUUACUAAUGGGGCAUGAUGCUAAUAUCUACACAGUACUGAAAGCAUUGGACAUUAUGCCAUAUAGUUUGAAAAAUCAGUAUGAAAUGACUCCAGCAGGCGGUAAAUUGGUGUUUCAGAGGUGGGUGGAUAAUAUUUCUGGGCAAGGAUAUGUCAAAAUUGAUUAUGUUUAUCAAGCUACAGAACAGAUGAGACAAGGAAAGAGUCUGUCAUUGAAAAAUCCUCCAGAAUUCACCCCGUUAAAGUUGGGAGGUUGUAAAUAUGUAAAUGGACUGUGUCCAUGGGAUGAAUUUGUACAAUUACUUGAUAAUUUAAUGGAAGCAUAAUGUUGUACACUAUUCUAGUCAUUUUUGUUGCCAUAUAAUUAUCUUUAAAAAAAUAUUAGUAUUUUGUUUAAAAGUUAUUUCUGUUUGUGUUUAAGAAUAGUUUUUCUUAACUG